GCAUAGGAUUUGACAUGCGUUGUUAACGUUGAAUAAUGCUGCAUAGAAAAAUUACCUAAGUUUUAUAAUCAACAUCUUUUAGAAUUGAAUUUACAGUUUUAAAAUAUGGAUCUUAUUUGGUCGAAAGAUAGAUUACUUAAAAUAUUUAGCACGGAAUCGGUGAUGGUCCAUGCAAACGCGACGGGAGACUGCGGGUCGGUGCCCAUCUUGUGUUGCCAUGUGUGUGGUGGCGACAGCGAUCUGCGCCGCUUCAGGGGCACGUACAACUGGAAUGGUAUCGAGGAACAAUACGAUUUGAUGCUUAACGAAUGCUUCGGUGUUGAAGUGCCAAGAUUAGACUGCAUGAUAUGUGAAAACUGUAUUCAUCAGUUGCGGAAUGCGAAAAGAUUUAGAAAUAUGGUCAACGCCGCUUUUGUGAAGCCACUAAGCGAAAGUCAAAUGAGUAAUGGCUCUAAAACAACAUUUCAUAAAAUCUUUUCGAAUACAAAAUUUGACAGUGAAUUCAUUUGUACAAAAAAAGAAACAACAAAAGAAUCAAAACCAAAAUCGACCACAGACAAUCAUGAUAAGAAACGCCCCGAGAAAAGACGUUAUAUCGAAACAAACAUUAAAACAAAGAAAGCCAAUGUAUCUUGUAGUGUUUGCAACCAGCGCUAUCCAAUGAUUGUACCGUUCGAAGGGGUUAAGAAGUUUAUAUGUUCUCGUUGUAAGAAGAACGCUGAAACUUAUGGCGUUUGUAAAAAAUGUAAUAUGAGGUUACCGAUGGCCCAAAUGCAGGAACAUAUGAAGACGCACACUAAAAUAAAAUUGAAAGGAAGAAAUAAAUUAUCUCCUGGAGCAAAAAUAUUGACAUCCCUAUCGAAAACCGAUAACUUAUCAAGGACACAGACUUACGUGAAGUAUCCAAAAAAAUAUCAAUGCAGUCAUUGUCAAAAGAAAUACAUAAUUCCGAAACAUCUUGCUAAUCAUAUAAAUACCGUACAUGGUGAGCUUUUAGACUGUACAUGUACUGUAUGUGGCAAGGAUUUGAAGACCAGAGAAUUGUUGGACAAACAUAUGAGAUCGCACACGGGCCAGCCGAUAUUCCAAUGUAAUAAAUGUAUGAAAAUAUUCAAAAGCCAACGCAGCCUUCAAUCACAUCUUUUGACACAUCAAAAAUGUUAAACGUUGUCUAUGGUUUUACUUUGGUAUCGGUUUGAAAUUAAAGCCGUUAUUGACAUUUUUUAUUGACGAAAUUUGGAGGUUAGAAGCAAUUAUUGCUAUUUAAA